AUAGACUGAGUUCCCUCUGUAACUAAUCUUGUUGGUGGCAGAAAGCUGAUCAGUGUCUUAAUUAAUUGCACAAAGCAGCCACCUGCCUUAAACAGGCUUCUCUGCUGCAAUUCCUAAUUGUUUGCAUCCCAUGAAAAAAUUUCUCCAGUACUCAUUAAGUAUCAUGGAAAAAGUUAUUGUUGUUCCAAAGUUAUUGGCAAUGCCAAACAGCUGCCAAGGGAGGAGUAUGCAGGUCCUUGCAGCAUUGAAACACGUUGAAAGUUAGGGAAAAUGUCAAAAUUAAACAGUAGUUACAGAAGAUAGAACUGUGGAGGCAUUGUAGAAUCAUCAAUGUUGGAAGAGAACUUUAAGUAAUCAUCGAGUCCACCAUCCACGCAGCAUUAUCACUACAAUCAUUAAACCACACCACCAGCACCAGAUCCAGACAUGUCUUGAACACCUCCAGGGAUGGUGACUCCACCAUCAGGGACACCUGUUCCAACACCUGACCACUCUGACAGUGAUUUUUGGUUUUUUUUUUCCUAACAUCUAAUCUGAAUCUCCCAUGCCUCAGAUUAAGGCCAUUUCCUCUUGUCCUCUCACUGCAGGCACGGCAGGAGAGACUGACCCCACCUCACUACACCCUCCUUUCAGGAAGUUUUAGAGAGCAAUGGGGUCAGCCCUGAGCCUCCUCUUCUGGAGACUAAACAAUCCCAGCUCCUCGUAAGAUGGGUCUUCUAGGCCCUAGAUCACCGAUAUUUGUAUAAACAGGUGGCGUGCCCACGAAUGGCUGCAGUUUUGCUCUGGCCUCGCUAUCCCCAAGCCAUCCUCCCGUACAUCCAUCCCCGGGGCAUCCAUCUGGAGCCCCGGGCGCGGCGGCGCCGGAGGCCGCAGCGCGGGGCCGGCAGGAGGCGCUGCCCGCGAGUCCCGCCGGAAGCGGCGCUCGUGUGGCGGCGCGCGGUGUGCGCGCGGCGCGGCCAUGCCGGGCAGGAAGUCUUCCAAGGAGAAGAAGAGGCGCCGCUCGCGUUCCUGCUGCCCGGAGGGAGCCCCGGGGCCGGAUGGCAGCGACAGGAAGCGGCGGAGCACCGAAUCCAGCCACGGUGCCCUGGAGGAAACAAAGUGCAAUGUACUCUCUGGAGAAAAAGUGGAAGAAGCUGAACAACCCAGUGAUAUAGAAGAAGGAGGAUUAGAUCUCACUGUGUCACUCAAACCUGUCAGUUUCUACAUUGGGGACAAAAAGGAAAUGCUUCAACAGUGUUUCUGUGUUAUAGGGGAGAAGAAACUACAGAAGAUGCUGCCUGAUACUUUAAAGAACUGUUCCAUGGACGAAAUCAAAAGACUUUGCAUGGAGCAGUUGGAGCUGUUAUCUGAAAAAAAACUGUUGAAGAUACUUGAAGGCAAGAUUGGAGCUGAUUCUGAUACUGACGAGGAGGCAGAUGGAGGAGACAAGACUGGAGGUGAUUCAGUCAGUCAACAGGACAACAGUAUAGACUCAACUUCUUCUCUGAGAGAAGACAGCAAGCUGGAAGGUCAGGAAUCAAAACAAGGCAAGGGAGAAGAUAGUGAUGUCCUCAGCAUAAAUGCAGAUGCAUAUGACAGUGACAUAGAAGGCCCAUGCAAUGAAGAGGAUGGUCCAGAUGUGCAGGAGAGCACUGUCAGAAGUGGAGCUGGCCAGAUAGAUGACCUUCAGAAGGACAUUGAGAAGAGUGUGAAUGAGAUUCUGGGGUUGGCAGAGUCCAGCCCGAAGGAGCCCAAAGCAGCAACCUUAGCUGUUCCUCCAUCAGAAGAUGUUCAGCCAUCAGCACAACAGCUGGAACUUCUGGAACUUGAGAUGAGGGCCAGAGCUAUUAAGGCUCUGAUGAAAGCUGGUGAUGUAAAGAAACAUCCUUGAGGCUGUUCAGAUUUCAUUUUCACUAUUUGUUUCAAAGAAGGUGAUGUCUGUUCUCUUCAGUGCUACAGUACAUUUGGGUUGGGUGUGACAUUCCUCAUUCAGACUAUAUUGUGUAUCCUGACCUGUGGUUCAGUGGUUUUGUUGCCUUUAGUGUGCUGCUUCCAUGCCAUGCACAGUGGUUGAUGCUUCCCUGAGAUGAGGUGUUCUUGUGCUGUGUCACCUGCUCGGGGAGUCACACCACAUACAGAGCUGUGCCACGUACCUGAUGCCUUCUAGAAAGGUUGUUGUAGAAAUGUAGAAUCAUUGAAUGGUUAGGGUAGGAAGAGAUUUGAGGCUGCUUAAUUCUUCUUGGGGCCUAAGUCAUCAUAGUGUAGGUUAUUCUAAUUAAAAUGUCAUGUUUUGUGUAAAGGCAUAGUCAGUUUUUAAAAAUUUGAGUUCCUAAAGGGAAGGAUUUUUACCUUUCAAAUAAACAGUUGAACAUGUUAUUUUCAGAGUUAUGAAAGUGCCUGAAAGAGACAGAGCAGUUUAUUACACUGCCAUGUAGUUUUGUCGCUUUUCUCCACUCUUAUCUUUUGUAUUAUAACUGAAGAAAGCAGACUUUCUUCCUAAUUGCAAAGUUUUUCUUUUGAAUAUUUGGCAUAAUACUUAGCAAAUCAAACAAUUCAGAAGACCUCGAGCUUUUAACAUUCAGUUGAUGUAGUCAUGUCAUGUCCUCUGAAAGUAGGAAAAUCCACCUAAUUUCAAUAUGCUUUUUUAGAAAAGGCAUUUAAUUAUUUAUGAGGUUUUAAAAUAUAAAUUUUACUUUCAUCCAUUUCAAGGUAUUCCUUUAUAAAUAAAUUGAAUUCCAGAAUUAAUUUUCAUGGUAUAAUAUCUUACAACAAUUAAAAUUAUUUUCAUUUUUUUAGAACUAGUGCUGGUUUUAUAUCUGGCUGGUAAUCAAAGCAUAUUAAAAUAUUUGUGUGUUUGUUUACACAUGCAGAUGUCAAUUUUUUUCUUUAAAGGUAUGAAGUUUACGAUUGUAUUCUUUGUUAAGUAAAAUAAUGUAUUAUGUAUUUUUAUUCAUUAAUUUUCCUUGGUUGUUACUUAGAAAGCCAGUUACAUGCUUUGCAACUGUAGCAGACAUAAUUUCCCCUACUAUUGUGUAAUAUUACUGCAAACCUUAGUCUAUUCAGAUAUUAUGUCUUGAAUUAUUUUAAGGUUUAUAAUUUUCUUUCUGUUCUUCCAUUUUAUCCCUUUUCUUCCUUCUCUUUAUUCCCUUGCUUUUUUUCCUGUUUCCUUUUAAACCCUUUUCUGUAGCAAGCUUCUUGUAUAUUUCUUAAGUACGGUUGAUUUCCUUUACAACCAACAUUACUGUAAAAUGUUAGUGCAGUGUAAAUUUGAUAAUAAACUAAAACCUUCAUUAAAUACAGCUGAUAAAAUUACAGUGUGCUUCUACUAAGUGACUUGGGUGAAGUGCACCUGACUCUAGUGCUAUCCACAUCAUCAACAUUUUUUCUAUUAUUUUGUAGCAAAUGAAGGUUGUAAGUGAAAAUAUAUACACACAAUUCAAAAGGUAAUUUUACUGUCUCAAAAUCUGUGGGUGUUGGCUUUGGUCAAUUGGUGUUUGGUGAACUUGUGUUUUAUUUGAGUCCAGAGAAACUAAAGAAGUAAUCAGAGAAGGACAGCUGGCAAAACUUAGGUGUGCUGUUUUCUCUUUUACAAAGUCAUAGGCUGGUGGAGCUGUGUUAGAUUUCAGAGAUACACUUCAGUGCAGCUGUGCUUGGUAUUGAGUACUUCACCUUGCCUGCUGUGGAAGUGAAAUCUUGCUUGCAAGGGCAUUUCCUGCAUCACCAGAAGAAGCCACAUGUAUGAAGUUUAUUCAGUGACGUUGCAAAACAACACAUUUCACUUGUUUGGCAGCACAAAAAUACUGGUGGAAGUAAUGAUAAACUAGAAUGUAAUUGCCUUCUAUUGACUACUUUGUGGAGGUGUAUGGUAUUUAUUGUUUUUCUACUGGUUUCCCAGGUCACCCUUAAAAGUUUGUUUUAUAGCAUGUUGAACUAAAGGGUAUUAUUUCAAGCUCUGUACCAAGGAGUUGCAAAUGCUAACUUUAACACGUAGUGUGACAGAGAUGAAACAGGUUUACUAUGCAAAAGACUGAGAUUUGUAAUUACAGCCUAAUUAAAUUUUAAAUUAAAAGAUGAGAAGUAUUCCAAGAAAAUUCAGUUAAGCUGUUUAUAAAAAAUAAAAUAAAAAAAAAUCAUGUGAGAUACUUAAUGUGAUUGGUUACUCAAGUGCUAAUUCAUUUUUAGGAUAUUGUACUGUUGCUGCUUAGGUUAAAAACAGAGCAGCUAAAUUAUAUGUGAUCUUGCAUUGAAUUGUAUCACUGAAGAGAUAAAAAAAUACAGUGUAUUUAAAAUAUUUAUUAUACAGCUGUUUUCUUUUUCACUUUUAAAUAUGUCUGUGAUGUGCCCUUGAAAAAUAAAUUUAUUAUUUCAUUUGGAAGGUCAGGCAAUUUUUAUAUAAAAUAUAUUGAAUUAUUUAUGAAACGUUGAAAUAGUGUUACUGGGCUUCGAUCAACCAUUUUGUCAGGAAACAGGUAUUAAACACUGGGUGUUGGUCAGCGUGAAAAAGAUCUUUUGGGGAGGAGGAGGGUUGAUUGUGUGUGUACUUGAUGAAUAAAAAAGUAUGACUCCACA